UGCCGGAAGCUGCGAUGGUGACCUCCGCCAUGGCAGAAGUGCUGUCGGGUGCAGCCGGGUCAGGGGCAGGCUGCCGGGCGCGGGUAGCGCACAGUGUGCUGAAUCAGGUGGUUCUCCCUGGGGAGGAGCUGGUGCUCCCGGAGCACGAGGACGUAGAUGGCCUCGGCGGCGCCGGGGAGCAGCAGUUACGUCUGAGUGCGGGGACGCGCCCGCGGCUGCGCGUAGUGUGUGGCCCGGGUUUGCGACGCUGCGGGGACCGUCUGCUGGUCACCAAGUGUGGCCGUCUGCGUCACAAGGAGCCUGGUGGAGGAGGAGGCGGCGUUUACUGGGUGGACUCGCAACAGAAGCGGUAUGUACCCGUGAAAGGAGACCACGUGAUUGGCAUAGUGAUUGCGAAAUCUGGAGAUAUAUUCAAAGUUGACGUUGGAGGGAGUGAACCAGCUUCUUUGUCUUACCUGGCGUUUGAAGGAGCAACUAAAAGAAAUAGACCAAAUGUGCAGGUUGGCGAUCUCAUCUAUGGUCAGUGUCUGGUUGCCAAUAAAGACAUGGAACCAGAAAUGGUCUGUAUUGACAGCUGUGGACGGGCCAAUGGAAUGGGUGUGAUUGGACAGGACGGUCUGCUCUUCAAAGUGACUUUGGGCUUAAUUAGAAAGCUGUUAGCUCCAGAUUGUGAAAUCAUUCAAGAGCUGGGAAAGCUCUAUCCGUUGGAGAUUGUGUUUGGAAUGAAUGGAAGAAUAUGGGUCAAGGCAAAAACCGUUCAGCAGACUUUAAUUCUGGCGAAUGUCCUAGAGGCGUGUGAACACAUGACAACAGAUCAAAGAAAACAGAUCUUUGCCAGAUUGGCAGACAGUUGAUGUGUACGUGUCCUUAGUGGAUAUCUUAGUCAAGACUGAGUUUCCCGGGGAAACCUUUUUUCAGGUGGACAUCUUCCUGUCAGAUCUUCUGAAGAUGCCUAUUGUCUUAGCAGACUCCAAUAAAAUAUUUUUAUAAGAGUUACUGGUCUUCAAUCAUGCAUAGAUGAGAAAAUUGUAAGGUUUUUUUAUAUAAUAAAUUUUGUUUGUAGUAUCUGAAGUUACCUCCCUUAGUUCUGCUAUAAUGCUGCUUCUAUAAUGAGCUGUAACUCAACAUUAAAAUUGUCUUCUGGUUAUGAUAGUAAAACUUGUUUGCAGAUGUUGAACAUAUCAAUUAAAGCAGAGAAAUAACUCGCCUGUAAUCCCAUAAGCCAGUGGACUAGUAUGUAACAGCUUAUACUCAUGUGCUUAUCAAUGUAAAAAGUACUGUUCCAGCUAACUAUAAAACAAUUCCUGGUAACCGCAGAGGACACUAACCCUCAUACAAAUACUGGGCA